AAAGGGAGGGAGGGAGGCAGAGGGCGACAGUGCGUGCACGUUAGAGAGAGCUGUUUCAUUUGUGGCGAGAGAGUGGAUGCUAUUCUUUGCUAUAGAGAAUAAGAUGGAAAUGGAAAACUCUACCAUGGUAUAUUCUGAUGUGACAACUGGGAUGGGCAUACUAUCUCUGGUUGUCUACUGUGUGGCGUUUGUGCUUGGCCCCACUGGCAACGGCUUGGUGAUCUACGUGACGAGCUGCAGGAUAAAGAAGAAUGUCAACUCUGUUUGGUUCCUCAACCUGGCCUUGGCGGACUUCCUCUUCACUUCCUUUCUGCUCCUCUAUAUCAUCUACAUUGCCCGUGGUUAUGAUUGGCCUUUCGGUGACAUCCUUUGCAAGUUAAACAGCAUGGUGACUAUGCUCAACAUGUUCGCCAGCAUCUUCCUCCUGGCGGCCAUCAGUCUGCACCGCUGCCUGUCCACGUGGGUGGUUGUGUGGGCCCAUAACAAGUGCACGCCAGGCAGGGCUGAGAUCAUCUGUGUGGGGAUCUGGUUAGCCUCAUUGGUCUGUAGCCUCCCAUUCACCAUCUUUCGGGAGAUCAUACACCAUGAUAAUGGGACAGUGUGCAGUUAUUCAAUUUCCCAUUCUUCCUACAGGAACUUGGUCGUGUUCCGCUUUCUGCUGGGCUUUCUCAUCCCAUUCCUGGUCAUCAUAGGCUCUUACAUUGCCAUAUGGAUACGCGCCAGGCGCCUUCAGAAAGGAAGAACGCACAGGUCCCUCCGGAUCAUCGUCUCCGUUGUCCUGGCCUUCUUCAUCUGCUGGAUGCCCUUCCACGUCUUCCAGUUUCUGGACUUCAUGGAAGAAGACAACCAAGGCCUCAAGCUGGUUGUGCAUAUAGGGACUCCCCUGUCCGCUAGCCUGGCCUUCCUCAACAGCUGCCUGAACCCCAUCCUGUACGUCUUCAUGUGUGACGAGUUCCAGAAGAAGCUGCGUCAGUCCGUGUUGCUCGUAUUCGAGAAUGCUUUUGCAGAGGACCACGGGAUGAACUUUGUGUCAUCAACGCGCUCCCUGAGCUCCCAUCUCUCCCGGAUCUCCCGUAAGUCUGAGUCUCUGGCUCCAGGAGAAGGAGGACUUUUACACCUCACUGGUGACCAGUCUGAUAGUAAAGUGUAAACUGAGGUGUGAGAUGGGAGACAUCUGCAAAAGACAGGGCUAGUACAUCUGUAUUACAGAGUAAUUUGACUGUAGCUGUUGUCAUUGUGGUAUUCAUGGUGGCAAUGAAAUCAAAUGUAUUUUAUAAAGCCCUUUUUACAACAGUAGUUGCCACAAAUUGCUUUACAGACACCCAGCCUAAAACCUCAAAGAGCAAUGCUGAUGCAGUUACCAGAUUUAACUUCUGUUAUAG